AUGUUUAACGCACUCAACCGGUUCAUAUCGCGCCUUGAUGGCGACCCAGCGCCGGCCGCCAGGGCGAACCGCGGGGCAUUUGGGUUCCAGGUGCUGCGCAACGCCAACCUGCAGCUCGCGAUUGAGCCCUGGUUCGACUUCGUGGUUGGCAUCAACGGGCGUAUGAUUGACGACUCGGACCCUGUACUGUUCGCCCAGGAGGUGCGCAAUUGCGCUGGCGGAUCUGUCAUGCUCGGCCUCUGGAGCGCAAAGGGUCAGCGAACGCGAGCGCUGCACAUCCCCGUACCCGCCGACACCGCGUCACUCGGUCUCACGCUGCAAUGGACGCCGCUCUCGGUCGUCUCGAACAUCUGGCAUGUCCUCGACGUGCCCGCCAACUCCCCCGCCGACGUCGCCGGCCUGCUCCCCUACAGCGACUACAUCUUGGGCACCCCGGAGGGCGUGCUGCAUGGAGAAGGUGGUCUGAGCGAGCUAGUUGAGGACCACAUCGGCCGCCCGCUGCGCCUGUACGUCUACAACAACGAGUACAACGUCACGCGCGAGGUCACCAUUCAGCCCAGCCGCGACUGGGGCGGUGAGGGCGCUCUGGGAUGCGUACUGGGCUACGGGGCGCUGCACAGACUACCAGCACCGCUGAGCGAGCCGGUGCAUGGGCCUGGAGAGACCAUGUUUGACGGGGACACUGCUGCUACCGGUGCUCACGCCGGAUUUGUUCCAGCGGAUAGAGUUGCGUCGCCUAGUGGUUUUGUUCCGACAUCUGCAGCGACGCCGCCUCCUCCUCCUCCUCCGUCAUCGUCAGCAGACUUCCUGGUGCCAGCACAGAUGGCGGACACGCAAGCAGCGCCGGUUAGCGCACCGCCAAGGAGCAAAAAGAAGGAAAGGCCUCACCAUGGAGCGCCGAAUCUUAUGGAUGACUACUUCAAAGAGCAGGAGAAGAAGAGCAGGGAACUGGACAAUGCGCCGAGUCGGACAAGCUCGCCAUUGCCGCCGCCGCCCAAGGGAGGCCCCCCGAGGGCAGCGCCACCCAGAGUUGGAAGCGUACCACCGAAAGAAGAAGGGGGAGACUGA